CCUGAAGUGUUUUUCCUGAGGAGGUUCAGCUCACCUCUCUCAGAGCCUCUGGAGGAGCUUCUGUGGAGCAGCAGUGCAGAACUCUCCAAAGUGACAGAUGGACCCGGUCCAGAACCACAAACAACAAUGUCUCACAACACCUUAACCUUCUGCUCUUUACACACACAGUUUUGUUCAGUUUGUGUUUAUUUAUUUCUAAACUGAAGAUCUUUUUUCUAACAAAAUGAUAAAAAAGUUUCAGGUUUUUGUUAAUUUUUAGGAUUUUCUCUACUUACAGUAGUGAUCAACAGUCCAUGAGACCCUGAAGGCCUCAUCACCAUGGCAACAACAGUUACUUCUCAAUCUCAAACUGUGGUUGAAGUGUCUGAAAACAGCAGAACAUUUUCAGGAGGAGAGGAAAGAAAAAUCUGCAGUCAUGAUGAAUGACGACAAAGAAACUUCUAGUUUUUCAGCUCAAAGUUUGGAGGCGGAGCUUCAGAGAUGCAGACUCCGCUGUAAGCAGCUGAGCUCUGAGAACAGUCUGCUUUCAGCUCUGAGCUGCAGGCUGGAGGAAGACCGGGAGGACAUGGAGCGGUUCCUGCCGCACCACUCCGCUGAGUUGGAGGAGCAGCUGCAGGAGCUGCAGGAGCGGCUGAAGCUGCAGCAGCUCGCUCACACACAGGAGCUGCAGGCUCUGAAGCUGCAGCUGCACCUGGAGAAGCUGCAGCUUCAGGAGAGGACGGAGCUGCUGAGCUCUGAGGUCACACAUCAAGCUGCAAGAAUGAAGGAGCAGCAGGAGGAGCUGAAGCAGCAGCUGAAGCAGCAGCUGCCCAGCGUGGAGCAGCUGCUCCAACUACGAUCUAAACAACAGUCUGCUGACCAACAACAUGAAGCGGAGGAGAUGGAGAACACCAACAGGCUCCUGGAGAGCCGGCUGUCAGAGAUGAUGGAGGAGAAGAAGAAGGAGCUGAGAGAGGUGAAGGAGGAGUCAAAGCUCCUGCUGGAGCAGAACAAGGCUCUGUUCAAGGAAAAAGAGGUUCUCCAGCUCUCUCUGGGGAACCUCUGCAGUGAUGUGGAUGAAGUGAAGGCCAACAUGAAGAAGGACUCGCUGCAGAUCCUCAGCCUCACAAAGGAUGUGGAGAAGCUGCGCAGGAAGCUGCAGCUGCUGGAGACCAAGGAGGAGGUCAGGACGCUACUGAGCGCGCUCCAGCUGGAGGACGCUCCCAGAGAGAAUGUCUUCUCAUCCAUGAAGCAUAUGCAUCAAACAGCCCCCCCAGCUGUGGAGGGGGCUCAGCAGCAGAGAAGGACUGAAGCCUUUGAGAGGAAACGACCUCAGAUUACAGAGACCCCCCCUCCAAAAAACAUGAGGGUGAGCUUCAAACCCCCAUCUGAUCAGAAAAUGAGUUUAUCAGUGGAGCUUCUGAAGAACUCUCACAGGCCUCCACGAGCCCAGAUCUACGAGCAGAAGCUGUUGGAGAUUCUGCAAAGACAAGACCAUCAGAGUCCUUCAGGUUGACCCGGACCUGGACCUGGUUCUGGAGGAUGAAUCCGUCCAAUAAAUCUGCACAUUUGCACCUGCAGAAAUGUUUACUGAAAAAAAUAAAAACUAUCAUUGGUGUUUGCAAACA